ACCUUGUUUAACGAUACUGUUCUCAGUUGAAUACUCACAAAAAUGCGCGUGUAUGCACGCUACGCUACAUUGCGACUAGAUCGCCAAGGGCCCAAUCCGGUUCGGUGUGUUGCGCAGCCUCCACGUGCUCUGCGAUCAUGAUCACACCGUGAUCCCAUCUGAAUCACUCGGGGCCAUUCGCGAAGCUCUCGUUCUCACCUUCCCACACUCUCACUCAAUCAGCCAUGUCUAACUCUGCAUCAAUCGUCCUAGUCACAGGCUGCUCAGAGGGCGGCAUCGGAUUCUUCUUAUGUGAGGAAUUCGCCGCGCAAGGAUGCAAAGUAUAUGCUACAGCGCGCCGUGUUGAGGCCAUGGAGAGCUUGAAGCACGAGUCUAUUGAACGCUUGAAGCUGGACGUUACCGAUGGCGCGAACGUAGAGGAAGUAGUCAAGGCUGUGCUUGACCGGGAAGGCCGAAUUGACGUGCUCUUCAACAAUGCAGGCAUCCCUUGUCACGGUCCUCUCGUGGAUAUUCCCAUAGAGCGAUUCACUGAAGUCUUUGAUACCAAUGCGACCUCCGUGAUGCGAAUGGUGAAGGCCGUUUUCCCCAGCAUGGCAGCACGGAAGAGUGGAAAGAUUGUGAAUGUAGGCUCCAUCGUCGGUGACGUUCCGACGCCAUGGAGUGGUGCAUACAGCGCGAGCAAAGCUGCUUUGAAGAGCAUUUCGGAGACACUCUAUAUGGAGUGUGCACCCUUCGGCGUCUCCGUCACGCACAUUGCGCCUGGUGGCGUCAAGUCCCACGUCGCCGACAAUUCGCUUGCACGUCUUAGCAUCCCGCCGGACAGUCUUUACGCGGGCUGGCUCGACAAGAUCAUCGCUCGCAUCAACGCGAGCAAAAGUCCCAAGAGUAUGGCCACUGAUGAAUUCGCGAGGAGAGUCGUCAAGACAGUUCUCAGUCCGAAGCCACCACAGUACAUGACUUUGGGUGAAAACGCAUGGCUCUUCAGAUUCUUUGGCUGGCUGCCACGAACGUUAGCUCUGGCCAUUAUGUGGUACGUGACAGCCGGGAAGCCGAAAUCGAAGGCUGCGUAGUAGAUGCUGGGAGUUUGGUCGUUGAUGUAUAUUGCUGACUGUAUUGUUUUAUGUUGUCAUUUUUCAUUGCCUUUCGAAACAGUAGUCGGGACACCGACGGCGGUUCAUUGCAAUUUAAUGUUCAGGAUUGAACGUCACCAUCGCGAAACACACGACGCGCCAGUGGCAAUAUCAGGCCAAAAACAAAUCAUUACGGGUCUUGGUUAGUACUAUAUCGAUGCUGGAGUAUAUAUCCACGGAGGGGUUCGCGAGGACACUUUUCCCAGCCUGAACCUACUGUUGUAUAUGAAUCUGCG